CUCUCACUCUCCUCUUUCUCUGUGUUUGUGUGUGCCUCUCUCUCUCUCUCUCUCUCUCUCUGUAUCUCUAGCUUCUCGCUGUCCUCUUCUUGCAGCUUUCAAGUUUGAAACUCGGGCAAAAUGGAAGACAUAGAAGAUUUAUUGAUUGGUAGUGGAGGUGGUGUUCCUCCUGGAUUUCGUCUGCCUCUGAAUUCCAUUGGCGUUAUUCCCUGGAAGAAUAAGAACAAAUCUAACCUCAAUGCAUCCAAGGUCUCUCAAAUCCCUUUCUCUUCCAAAAUUCCUGGCACUCAGACCAUAUAUAUCAAGACUUUUGGAUGCUCACAUAAUCAGAGUGACAGUGAAUAUAUGGCUGGUCAGCUUUCAUCAUUUGGUUAUGCAUUAACUGACAUUCCCGAGGAUGCUGACUUGUGGCUGAUCAAUACAUGCACUGUAAAAUCUCCAAGUCAGUCUGCAAUGGACACUCUAUUAACAAAGGGCAAAAGGGCAAAAAAACCCCUGGUGGUUGCUGGGUGUGUGCCUCAAGGCAGUCGAAAUUUGAAAGAACUAGAAGGAGUCAGUAUAGUUGGUGUCCAGCAAAUAGACCGUGUAGUUGAAGUUGUGGAAGAGACUCUAAAAGGUCAUGAGGUGCGGCUUUUGAACCGCAAGACAUUGCCUGCGCUAGACUUGCCUAAGGUUCGUAAGAACAAGUUUGUUGAGAUUCUUCCAAUUAAUGUUGGUUGUUUGGGUGCUUGCACUUAUUGCAAGACAAAGCAUGCCCGUGGUCAUCUGGGGAGCUAUACUGUUGACAGCCUUGUGGGUCGUGUAAGAACAGUUAUAGCUGAUGGAGUAAAAGAAAUAUGGUUGAGCAGUGAAGAUACUGGAGCAUAUGGUCGUGACAUUGGGGUUAAUCUUCCAACAUUAUUAAAUGCUAUUGUUGCUGAACUUCCUACUGAUGCAAGUGCCAUGCUUCGAAUUGGGAUGACAAAUCCUCCUUUUAUCCUUGAGCACUUGAAAGAGAUAGCUGAAGUUUUGUGUCACCCAUGUGUAUACUCUUUUCUUCAUGUGCCUGUGCAAUCUGGGAGUGAUUCAGUUUUGAGUGCAAUGAAUCGAGAGUACACAGUGAGUGAAUUCAGGACUGUGGUAGAUACCUUGACUGAACUAGUUCCAGGGAUGCAAAUUGCUACUGACAUAAUAUGUGGAUUCCCAGGUUAGUUUAUGGAUGCAAAUUCCA